UUAUAUUGAACGUUUAGUAUCAAUAGUUCUGCGCUUCAGUGAAUAACGUAUUUUUCAAUAUUUAAUUUUUAAUUAUAAUUCAAUUAAAUAUUUCAUAAACGGUUUAAAAGUAGCAAUAAAAUAGCAAAAUGAUGGGUUCUUAUCACCCCGGUGGUAUUAUCAGUCCACAAACAACAUGGGUCCAUUCUGCCCCCGGUGCCCCUCUGCCACCAUUGGCUGUAAUCGGUGGCCAUGACUGUGACGGUUCGCCAAUAUACGUUGGGCGGGCUUAUCAUGAAGGGGACAAUAUGCCCGCGAAAGUUGUGCCCAGCAAGGGAUGUGCAUAUAUAGCAUGGGGUGGCCUCGAACAUGUAAAGACACACUACGAAAUAUUAGUUGGCCAGGGCUAUGGUUGGCAACCAUGUUAUGGAGGUGCUGUUCCCCCCAACGCUGUGCGCACAGGCAUGACAUGUACAGGAGAACCUUUAUACGUCGGUAGAGGCCAUCAUGCCAACAGCUUAUGUGUUGGUAAGAUACAUCCCUCUCAUGGCUGUUUGUAUAUACCCUUUGGCGGCCAGGAGGUGCGUAUAAAUACGUAUGAAGUGUUGGUGUUUGAAAAUCGUGAAAACUGGGUGGCUUCAACGCCCAACUACACUCCUCCAGGUGCAGUUGUUGCCGGACACGACACAGAUCGUGCUGUUAUUUAUGUAGGAAGAGCGAUGCAUGAAGGAGAAAUGUUACCAUGCAAAUUUAUACCCAGCAAGGGAUGUGCCUAUGUCUGUUAUGGUGGUUACGAGAUAAACAAACGUAAUUUUGAAGUAUUGUGUGGUUUCGGUUAUGCAUGGAUUAAGCCACAUCAUCAUGUAAUUCCACCUAAUGCAGUAUCUACCGGUCGAUCUCGUAAUGGUGAACCUCUGUUUGUGGGUCGCGGUCAUCAUAGUGGAAGUUUAACACCCGGUUUAGUUUCUGUCAGCCAAAGAUGCCUUUUCAUUCCAUAUGGUGGUCGUGAAAUUCGUAUUAAUGAUUACGAAGUUCUAAUCAAACAAUAGUCGAGUUGCAAAAAUGAAUCAGAUACAACUUCUGAAUGUGAAUUAAUAUACAAAGAUUUAAAUAAAUAUAAGCAUUAAAAAAUGAAUAAGAAAACAAUUGAAAAAAAAAA